ACACUUCAUAAAUAUCCCAUCCAUUAAGAGAUGUAGAGCAGCCUGGGAACACAGACUUCCCUCUUCAAGGACUCUUGGCUCAGUGUUACCAGCACUGAGCACCAGCUGCCCACCUCUAGGGCUUGGGUGGCCUAGACACAGAAAGAGUCCACAUGACUCAGAAAUUGUGUUGUUACUGAAUGGUUCUGGCCCCUGCCCUUUUGAGAAAUCUUGAACAAUGAUGCAGCUUCUCAAGGUAAGUGGUUCUUCCUCAUGCAUGAGACACCGAGAACUGUUUGGAGGAAAAGCUCUGAGUCUUCUGGGUAGUCACAGACACUACCAGCUAUACAAGGUACAAAAAGACUACCUUGUGUGUCAUCACAGACAGACAAUAACAACAAAAAAGUUACACUUCUUCCAAGUGGGGUAGCACACACUUAUAAUCCCAGCAUGUAGGAGGCCGAAGCAAGAGGAUCCUGAGUUCAAGGGCAGCUUGAGACCCUGUCUCGCAAAAACAAAACCAAACUUAGCAGAUCCUGUUUCUAGACGCCUCAAAGGGUCUGAUCUUCCUGGGAUAACUAUAUAAUUCAACCAAACAGUGUUAUAGAAUGACCAUAGGUGGUCCUUCUAUGCUACUGGAAAAUAGAACUCCCAGGCCUCUAACACUGUUGGGACUGGGAAGAAUCUUACUAUCUUUGUUCUCAAACCCAGCACAGGGUUUAGAGAUGCUAAUCACAUCGGAUCUCUAGGUCUUCUUGACUCACUGUGUGGGAAGGACCUUCUACUCUUUCUCUGCUCCCAGAUGAUGUUUGCCACCAUACCUCCUAGACAUCUUUUCAGAUCUGCAUAUUGGACUUCUUGAAACUCAGGAUUGGCUCUAGAUCUUUCCCAUACCCAUGCUCUUGGCCCAGAGCCUAGCUAAUGAAUGAUAACAAACACUGAGCCCUGUUCAAAAAGACUGAGAAUCCCUCUACCCUGUGCUGGGAUAGGUUCACACUGAGACUCUGAGCCGGCCAGCACAUUCAGUCUGUUUGAGCCAUGGGGACACUGUCUCUCACCCAAGGUAACCCAUUCUAAGGGAGGGCUCAAACUAAAAGCACUUCCUUGACUCCCAAACCCAUGUGUCCCCAGCGCUAUACUCGUCAGGUUCUGUAGCAUUUUAGUUGUCCAGCUCUGGGCAACACUUAGCCUGUCUGCCUGGCAUCCUCACCGCAAAAUCGGUAAAAUGACGGUGUACGCAGACUACACAUUAGGAUGGUCUGAGCAGGAAAUAACUGAAACCAGGUUGGGGUACCGCACAGGGAGCACCCAGAAGGCACAUUUGUCAUGGCUGUCAUUGAGGCCUCCUUGAGAAAGGGAACCCUCCAUCCAUCAGCUAAGCAGAACUCACAGCAAGAGCUCUGCAGCCCUGACUCACACACUCUUCAGCCCAGCCCAGCACCGUCCUCUGCAGCAGUCAUCCUGGGGAGAUGUGUGAUCUGCCCUCACAAGCCUUCACAGCUUUCCUGGCUCCUAAAUCCAUGCCUGUGUGCAAGGGCACACGCACAUGCACGCACACACACUCACAUGCCACACAUACACACAUGCCACACACAUACACAUGCCACACACCACACACACACCACAUACACACAUACAUACACACUCACACACACAUGCCACACACACUCACAUGCCACACACACACUCACAUACACACAUGCCACACACACACGCCACACACACACACACCCACACACACCACACACACGCGCCAUUGCAAAGGAUAGGUGAGAGGCGGCAGGAUCUGUGAAAGAGGCAAUGCUUCUGAGCCAGACCGACCACCACUUCUUCCUGGCCAUCCCUAGGCCCAUCCCGUGUCUCUCCAAGCCACAGUCUCCUCCCUUACUAGUAGAUACAACAAGGACCACCCACCUACAGUGCUCUGGCACUGUGUAUUAUAACUGAUAUUAGGAAUAAUACACAGUCACCCAUUUUUAUUUUUAAAAGUCCUCUUAACAAAAUUUCAGAACCAGAAGGGGCUCAGGGAUCAUCUAGCCCAAUCUCCUCAGUAGAUGGAUGGAGAUGAACAAAUACUAAAAUAAUGAAGCCCAAGGUCACACGUGGAGGUGGCACUUGGAUGGAGUCUGGGACCUGGGUCUCCUGACCUUCUACUGCGUUCUAUAUUAGCUUGGCUGGCUGCCCUGUGCAGCUCCCCUCCUGCCCACGGUGAUGGCUGGAAUCACUCUUCCCGACCCUCUCCAAUCAUGGCUCACUAGCCAGUGCCAUCUGAACCCUGACCGCCAGCCUUAAAUUCUCAGACACAUCCACUUCCUUUACCCCUAAGGAGGAGCCUUAGCAGUGCAGGUAAGAUGUCUAAUGGUAACAGUUAGUGCUGUUAGUAUGUUGCAUGGGUAAGUGUUAGUAAUCUCAAUAUAUACUAAUCUGAAUAUUAGUAAUCUCAAUGCCAUGGCGACCAACACCUGACCUUUGAAAAUCAACUCACCUCAGGCUCUUCCCCAAUACAGUUGGUUUGAAGGCCUCAUCAAUGUAUUUAACUCAACACUUAUUAAGCACCUACUUUAUGCCUUGUCAUAGGCCAAAGGCUGGAGACAGGGAAGCCAAGGCUGGGCCUCUGCCAGGAGAAGCUCAUGGUCUAUCGGGGAUUUAGGGCAGAAGGAUGGGAGGGUGCAUCACACUCUUUUGACCUAACUGGUGCCGCAGCAAAAGCUCCACCCCACCCUGUUGGGAACCUCCUUUGUGUGGCCGGCACAGGGCAAAAGGUGUCUGGAAUAAACUAGAGAUAGACAGGAUGGGUGGUCGGCUGAGAAUGACAACAAGAAGGAAAUGGAAAAUAGGAAAUACGGGCCCCAGAACGUGACUUUCUUCCUUCGGUCUCAGAAGAGAUUAUUCUAGGGGAGGCAAAGAUUGAGAUCUGCGAGCCUGGUUCCUGCUCUCUGCCAGCGCUCAAGACCCAUGUGCUUCUGUUCCUGUGGGAUGCCGCCCAUGGAUGACAGGGUCUUCCAAGCCAAUGGCUGGGUUAUACAUGACUGCAGGCAACCAUCAUUUGCUACAACUGUCACAGCUCCUGUGAUGGAAAUGCUUUCAUCCCCUGAUUGCUCUGCAAGAAUCUGGUGGGGAUCGCGCCGCAGCAAGCGGUCUCAAGCUGUCCCCGGCGGCCGCGGAGCCACAGAGGCCCCCUCCAGCCCCGCCGCGGCCUCCUCACCUGGGUCCACUCGCCCUCCGCAGUCCCGCCGGCUCGCACGACUCCGGCGCAGCUUGGCGCAGCGCCUCUGCAGUCGCUGCAGCAGCCGCCUGACGAUGAUCAGCAACCUGCGGCGGUGGGGAAGAGAGAGACAGGGGCGGGUGAGCGCCGGUAGCCGCAGCCUGCAAGCUCGGAGGACACGCUGCCCGCCGCGGGCUAGGGCAGUUCCAGUGCUUGGCCGGCGCCCCGCACCCCCGCACUUGCACUCCUGGGUGCGGCGGGUGAGGCUGGGCGGUGGGCCCGGAGGUCCCCGGGGUCCUUGUCAUCACCUGCGAAGGCUUCCAUGGUUUAGGCUGCCCCGGGAGGGUAGCAGGAUUGCUCUCCCGAGCCCCAGCUGAAGGUGGCUAGCGGGUGCUU